ACUAUCAUAUCUUACUUUUACUUAUCACAUCAAGGGCAAAAUUGGAAAGUCAAUUAUAAUUUAACACUUUCUUAUUUUCCCCCAAAGUCAAAAGAGGAACUCUUUUGAUAAAGGAAGGUAGUAACAAAUAAUUCUAUUAAUAUCUGUUUGAAAUUAAUGUAUGUGAGCUUAGCUAUGACAAAUAUUUUUCCAUGUAUAUAUAGUGUUUAGUCCAUAUUUUUCGUACAAAGACAAUGGCCUUGAACAAUGCCAAGGCGAAGAAGCCCCUAUUGUCUUCCGCCCUCUCCACCACCCUUUUCUUCAUAGUCCUUUUCACCAUCCCCACCCUUUUCCUCCUCCACUCUCCAACCAUCUCCAUUUGCACCACCCCCACCUCAUCUUCCCAUGAACCCAAGCCUUGGUCCGGCGAUCUUCGCGACACCGAGUUCUCAUGGAACCACUUCAAAUUCUCGGACAAAACUCCCCCGACGAAGGCUCUGAGGGUUGCAGUUUUCUCGAGGAAGUGGCCUAUCACCACUGCGCCCGGUGGCAUGGAGCGACACGCGCACACGUUGCACACGGCCCUAGCGCGCCGUGGCCACUGUGUGCACGUCUUCACUUCUCCUCCUAUGUCGAAACAAGUCACCACUACAUGGCGUGGGGAGCAUGCCUCCGCUCCGGUCAUCCAUUGGCACCAGGGCGAGCCAGGGAGGUGGCGCUACAACCAAGCGUGGGAGGAAUUCCAAGAAGAGAACAAAAAAGAAGCAUUUGACGUGGUACACACCGAAAGCGUGGCACUACCGCACCACCUAGCACGCAACGUCUCGAACCUAGUUGUGUCGUGGCACGGUAUAGCCUUGGAGAGUGCCCAUUCCCUUAUAUACCAAGACUUAACUCGAAACCCUAACACACCAAUGUCACCCUCGUUUAACAAGUCCCUACAAGAGAUAAUCCCCAAAGUCCUCAAUGAAAUAAGGUUCUUCAAGAGCUACGCUCAACACGUCGCCAUCAGCGACAACUGCGGGGUCCUGCUGAGAGAUGUCUACCAAAUCCCCAAGAAAAGAGUACACGUAAUCGUCAACGGAGUAAACGAGGACGAUUUUCGUGAAGAUCCAACGCUAGGACGUGAGUUCAGGUCCAAGAUCGGGGUCCCAAGUGAUUGCCAUUCGUGUUUGGUUUUUGGAGUAGCCGGAAGGCUAGUGAAAGACAAGGGGCAUCCCUUGCUUCACAAGGCAUUCUCCCUGCUAAUCCAAAACCACCGUCACGUAUACCUUGUGGUUGUAGGCUCAGGGCCAUGGCAAGAAAGGUAUAUAGGGUCAUCAUCACGAGUGAUAGUUCUUGGCUCUAUGGGUGCGCCGGAGAUGAAGGCGUUUUACAACGGGAUAGAUGUCUUGGUUAACCCAACGUUGAGGCCGCAAGGGCUUGACCUCACAUUAAUGGAGGCUAUGAUGAGUGGGAAGCCAGUGUUGGCAUCCAGGUUUCCCAGCAUCAAAGGCACCAUUGUUGUUAAAGAUGAGUUUGGGUUGCUGUUUUCUCCGAACGUGGAGUCAUUGGCGGCGGCGUUGGAAGAGGUGGUGGCGGAGGGCCGGCGGGGGCUGGCGAGGAGAGGGAAGGCAUGCAAGGAGUAUGCGGGUUCUAUGUUCACUGCCACCAAAAUGGCUUUGGCUUAUGAGAAAUUGUUCCUUUGUGUUAACAACGAGACGUUCUGCGCAUAUCCUUAAUUAGAAGAAUAGUAAUUUACUAAAACAUGAUGAUUUUCUCAAUAUAGGAUCAUAUGUUUUUAUAUUUUCCAGACUUUUAGUCAUUAUGAAUUAGUCAUUAUUCAAGUAAAUCUCCAUCAAUACUAGACAUUAUUCCUCCCACCAAGACAUUAAUAAGUCCUAUUUAGGGAAUGAAAAAAUUUAAGUCUU